AUGUAUACGUGGAGACUGUGGCGGAGAUGGCAGACCAUGCCUGGUACCUGGGAAGUUACCUACCCCUUCACAGGAAGGAGAGAGUUCACAGAUCUGCCUGUGCUGAGACGGAGAGGGAAACAGAGGAAAAGGACUACAAAUACACGAAUACCCAAGCGUCUGUUGGAGUCGUGGAAAGUCAGUGUGCUGGAAGCUGAGUUUCUCCUACCUGACCUGCUGAAGAAUACUGCUGUCUCUUCUUCCAUGGCCUUUAACGGUGAAGAGCGGGUGUCCUCCCCACUGCCUGAUGAAAAAACAUCCGAGGCCCCCUCUUGUUCCUCCUUUAACCUCACUGCACCCCCCUCCCUCAGCCCUACCCCCAACAGAAACAAACAUCCCCCUGCUGCCAACCUGACCGUAGCGAACGACAGUAGCAGCAAAAAGAAACCCUGCCAGAAGAAGAAGAYGAAGAGGAAGGGUCUGGCGGAGAUCUUUGGUCAUAUAYCUGGAAGUCCCACAGAGUCACUAAGCAUCCUAGACCUGGCCAACCAAAUGCCUGCUGCCMCAGCUGAUCCACMGAAAYAAGAAGAUCCCAAGGACUCUCCAUACGCAGACCUGGAUUCUGUACCAACCAUUGUGCGUCCCAAACGGUCUGAGAAACCUGCUAAAGAAGACACAGAGAAACSGUCUGAACCCUCAAAAGAGGAGGCAGAGAAAGGGGGCAAGACUUCUCCUGAAAAGGCCAAAGACAGGCGUGUGGGCAUGGUGGUUCCUAGGCAUGAAGUUCCUAUAUCCUCAUCCCCAAGCGUUUUAGCAAAAAAAUCUCUUUUAAAUUACAGAACUACAAAAAACACAAAUGUUUUACAGUCAAAACAGAAGUUGGGCAGCUCUUCUGAACUGACGAAUAAAAAUGAUCAUGAUAAGCACUCUCUGCAUCUCCCUGCCAGCAGACGUCUGAUGACCAGGGCCCUGAAAGCAGAGAAGGAGACAGAACUCAAAGAGGCUCUGCUGGCCUCAAGCCAAAACUUGAGAGACGAUAGGCUUAAUGUGCAUUCUUCUGAUGAUGAUGAUGUGAGCGAUAACGUUCAGAUCAGAGCAGAGUCGURUACUAGCAGGGAUUCUUCACCAGACAAAACCAGAUCCUCUGCUAGCUCUCCUAAAAAACAGCCCGAGUCUGAUUGGAAGCAGCACCUCCACAACGGCUCGUGGAAAAACUCUGAAGAUGUGACUCCAGGGUCCAGUAAGCCUGUCAUACCCCCUAUUAAGGUCAAGGAAGAGAACAUUGUCUCAGACAUAUCCUCCUGUUCUUCCCCCACCUCCUCUCUCUCUCCCAUGGACGCUUUCCAAGAUAUCAAGGAGCUGUCAUUCAAAUCCUUAGUGAAGGAGGAGAGCGACUCRGGGGACUCUAACACUAARUUUAAACCUGAGCCUAAUUACAAGUUCAGUACUUUCCUGAUGCUCCUGAAGGACAUGCAUGAUACCAGGGAGAAAGAGGGCAAGCCCCUGACCAUGCCUCCCUCGCCAGACCUCAUCAAGGAAGAACCCAUGGUCAUACCCACCGCCCAACCACCAGACGACCCCCUUAACGCUGCUGCUGGCGGGGACUGGAUGCCGGCGGGGACCAAAAUCCAAAACGGCCAGCAUGCGAGCUCGCCAACAACCAAGAGAACACCGGCCAAACCCAAGUCUAAAAAUAAACCCAUCAUAAAAAACGAAACGUACAAACUUGAAGGGAAAACAGUGCUGGCUCAGAUGGUGGCGAACGCAGUGGAGAAGCAGCAGCGGAGGAAGCCGAGGCCUCCAGCCAAACUCCGGGCCACCAUCGCUGGUCUCUCUCCCGAGAUGGCCGACRUAGCCUGGGGGAGGGAGUUUGUCUCUGGGCACGCUGACCUGGCUGAGCCUGGCCUCGGCCCUCCUCUUCCUCCUGUCCCCUCCGCUGUUGACUCCUCAUCCUACCUCGACAAGAGCCCGGGUACCAAAGUGGCCCCUAAGAAGCGCUGGCAGACGUUUGCGCAGCAGGGGCCGGUGAAGCCAGGGAAGGAUGCAGAUGCACUGGGUGGGGUGGCCUCACCGCAGGGGCCUGUGGAGGUGAAUGGGAUCUACAGAGACGGCCAGGGAGGGACACCAGACCCCAUCACGUCCCAUGAUCUGAACCUGGGGAUGGAGAAGCAAGAUGACACAUCAGCACAUUCUGAAAACAAACGGCUGAGGAAACCCAGCAAAAGACUGCUGGAAUCCACAGAGGAGGAACAAUUCUUCUCCCCGAAGAAAAAACUAAAGAAACCUCUGGAAUCUUCCAAAAAUCCUCUGAGCCCUUCCACAGUUCCAGGCCCAGCCCUGCUAACAUCCACCUCUACCCCCAGCCCCACCCCCACCCCUGGCCCUACCUCUGGGGAGCCACCAGCCAGCCCCACCCCUGGCCCUACCUCUGGGGAGCCAGCCAGCCCCACCCCUGGCCCUACCUCUGGGAAGGCCAGCCAAGCCCCACCCCUGGCCCUACCUCUGGGAAGCCAGCCACCCCCACCCCUGCGUCCUACCUCUGGGGAGCCAGCCAGCCCCAACCCCGCGGCUCUACCUCUGGGAAGCCAGCCAGCCUCACCACUGGCCCUACCUCUGGGAGCCAGCCAGCCUCACCACUGGCCCUACCUCUGGGGAGCCAGCCAGCCCCACCCCUGGCCCUACCUCUGGGGAGCCAGCCAGCCCCACCCCUGGCCCUACCCUCUGGGGAGCCAGCCAGCCCCACCCCUGGCCCUACCUCUGGGGAGCCAGCCAGCCCCACCCCUGACCCUACCUCUGGGGAGCCAGCCAAAACCAAGGCCCUAG